AUGACCUUUUCUGUGCAAAUCAAGGAUCCUGCUGACAAGUAUCUCCCGGGUCUCUCCCCAGGGGACCUCGCCAUGCAGGAGAUCGACGGCCUGGCGGCCACAGAUGCGGCAUACAUCAGCGCAUGGAGCUCUCGGUUGGGCACAGGACCUGGGGUUGGCAUGGAGAAGCCAGAGCCCAGCCUGCCCUGGCUAGCCUCCCUGCAGCUGGAUGCCGUUGAUGUGGCCAAGGUCACACGAAGCGCCACCACGCACCUCGCCUUCCACCCCACCAGCGAGACCCUGCUGCUGGCAGCGGGGGACAAGGAGGGCAACCUCUCCCUCUGGUACUGCGCCGAAGCGGCGCAGGCCCUCGACAGAGCGUCGUCGCGAGGGGAUGCAGGGUCAAGCGAGGGGGAGGGCGGGUCGAGCGAGGCAGCGACGUCAGGCACAGCGGAGAGCGAGGCGGAGUUUGACGGUCUGGUGAGCCUGGGGUACCACCGGCAGUACAUCUCCGGCCUGCGAUGGGCAGGAGGGCCAGGGCACGGCGCCGGCCUGUUCUCUGCCUCGUACGACGGCUCGCUGCGUCGGUUUGACCCUGGCGCGGGGGCGGCCAUCCUGCUGACCUCCUCUGAGGACCUGGGUUUGUCUGCCAUGGACAUCACCCUGGAUGGCAGAACCGCUGUGCUGGGCACCAACAGGGGCGACCUCCUGGUGGUCGACUGCAGGGCCAAAGGGCCUGGGGCCUUGAGCGAGGAUGGCCACGCCAAGAAGAUAAACACCGUGCACUUUGACCCUGGCGACGAGCAUGUCUUUGCCACAUCCUCCACCGACACCUGUGUCAGAGUGUGGGACGUGCGGCGCCUGGGCCCGACCCCAAAACCCGUCGCGGAGGGCGCACACCGUUCCAGCUGCCAGGCAGCGCACUUUGCGCCCGACGGCUCCCACCGCCUGGUCUCCACGUCCUUUGACAACACGGUGGGGGUGUGGGAGCGCAGGGGGAAGAAGGAGCUGGCGUGCACGCUUUCCAUCAGGCAUGACAACGACACGGGCCGGUGGGUGACGCCCUUCCGGGCUGUAUGGAGCCCCAGCGGCGACGCCAUCCUCGUUGGGAACAUGAGGCGAGCCGUGGACAUCAUCGACGCCUCGACAGGCCAGCUGUCGACGCAGCUUCGCAGCGAAGACAUGACCGCCAUCCCGUCCAGGAACCUUGUGCACCCCAGCGUUGAGCUGUCCAAUGGGAUACCAGAUGAUCGUCCCGCCGUGAAGGCAAAGCCCCGAGUGGAGACCAACCGGGUGCUGGUCACCGGGGGCGCGGGCUUCGUGGGAAGCCACCUGUGCGACUACCUCGUGGCCCGGGGCGAUCAUGUCAUCUGCGUGGACAACUUCUUCACGGGGAGCAAGGACAACAUCGCCCACCUCCUGGACAAGCCCAACUUUGAGCUGCUGAGGCAUGACGUGGUGGAGCGGCUGCUGCUGGAGGUGGACCAGAUCUACCACCUGGCCUGCCCCGCCUCGCCCGUGCACUACAAGUAUAACCCCAUCAAGACGCUGAAGACCAGCUUCAUCGGCACGCUGAACAUGCUGGGCCUGGCCAAGCGCUGCCGCGCGCGCUUCCUCAUCACCUCCACCUCCGAGGUCUACGGCGACCCCCUGGAGCACCCCCAGACCGAGGCCUACUGGGGCAACGUGAACCCCAUCGGCGAGCGCUCCUGCUACGACGAGGGCAAGCGCGCCGCGGAGACGCUGACGAUGGACUACCACCGCGAGCAUAACCUGGAGGUCCGCAUCGUGCGCAUCUUCAACACCUACGGCCCACGCAUGGCCCUGGACGACGGGCGCGUCGUCUCAAAUUUUGUGGCCCAGGCCUUGAAGAACGAGCCGUUGACGCUGUACGGCGAUGGGCAGCAGACGCGGUCCUUCCAGUAUGUCGAGGACCUGGUCAGGGGCAUGGUGACGGUGAUGGACAACGACGAGCACAAGGGGCCCUUCAAUGUGGGCAACCCGGGGGAGUUCACCAUGGUGGAGCUGGCUGAGAUGGUGAAGGAGGUCAUCAACCCCAAGGCCGAGAUCGUGUUCGUGGAAAACACGGCCGACGACCCGGCGAGGCGCAGGCCAGACAUCUCCAAGAUCACCUCGCUGCUGGGGUGGUCGCCCAAGGUCCCCCUGCGUGAGGGCCUACCCCGCAUGGUGGAGGAUUUCAAGAGGAUCCCGCGACAUGUGCACUGA